GCGAAAGAGGAGAGGGGAGGGAGGCAGAGCCAAGAGAGAAACAAAAAACGUGACUAGGCACCCAAAGCCUCCUGUUAUGCAACAACUGACCUACUAACAUACAUUAGAGACUCGACAGCGAAAAGGAGAGAGCGAAAGGAGGAAAUAAAGAGAGGCAAAAUAAAAAAAAUAAAAAAAGGGAGGGCGGGAGGAACCGAAGCGAUCAUGACGGGAGGAGCGCACCAAAACAAGGCAUUGUGGUCGCACAUCUACCACCGGUAACACGGCAGGAGAGCGCUGCUGUUUUUGGAAGCGUGAGCGAGUUUUGAGAGAGACGCAGAACACCGGAGACCCGGUCGGGGGAAAGGCGCGUUGGUGGACAAGAGACCCGCGUGGAUUCUUUGAAUUUUUUUUUAAACGCAUUUUAAAGCUUUUCAUCUUGCAGUCAGCUGCAGARAGAACAGAGCGAGGAAGGGAAACUGAGACCAAGGCUCCCCAAGAGGCUAACAUGCUGAGGUAGACAGAACGGCCUACAUCCUGCAGCCUGCGAGGAGAUCUAGGACGCUUCGUCUUCAGCUCAGCAUACUGCUGUUCUGCUGUUAAAACAUAUAACAGUCGAGACUGGAGACUGAUCAUCACCUCUGUUCUUUUGGACGCUGAAAGGAGAACCCCGAAAGUGGAUAAAUGAGGGUUGYCAAUGUUAAACUUCACUUGUUCUUCAUCUUUUUGAGCUAUCUGGACACUUGAGUCCCAAACGAUAAACAGGCUUCCUACUCCAGGAGGCAAGGCGUUUUCAUUACAACCUCAUUAUUUCAAAGUGGCUACUAUCAGUUGCAAGAAUGGAAAAUUUGAGUCCAACUCUGAAAACGUUGAAUAAAUCCUCAGGGAACAACCUCAACAGCAUCGAGACCUUCAGCGAUUACGACGAGACUCUUCAAGGGACACCGGCUCGCUUGGGGCGUCUCAUCAAACCCAAGCCCAAUGUUACCUGCAGACGCAAGCGUCAGUUUAUUUCUGACGAGAAAAAGGACGCCUCCUACUGGGAGAAAAGGCGCAAGAACAAUGAGGCCGCCAAGCGCUCCCGGGAGAAGCGCCGUCUCAACGACAUGGUUUUGGAAAACCGUGUCAUYGCMCUGAAUGAUGAGAAUGUGAGACUCAAGACCGAGCUGCUCCAGCUAAAGCUGCGCUUUGGCCUCAUCAGCACAGCCUCGUACAUUGAAAAGAGCCAACAGAUCAGCGUGGCAAAUGAUGGCGGAAAYGGAGGCUCAUCCUCGUCCUCCUCGUCCAAUCAGUACUACUCCAGCGGUUACUCAAGUGGUUCUCAGGUGAUGAUUAACUCUGACUCCUCGGAAACAGAGCAGUCGGGACACAGCGACAGCCACAGGCAGCUGGUGAAGUACUCUCCGCGYGGCUCCCUYUCCGAUAUGUCCGACGGCUCCUCGAGGGACAGCCCUGAACCGAUGCCAUUUGAAAUCAAACAGGAGGGAGACAGGCUGGAGAUGGACAUCACCAGUGACACCACAACUCAGAUUAUGUUCAACAUCCACAGGGGYCCGACAUCUGCGUCCACAAGCCACCAGAUUAAGCAACAUCAUGAGAUGGAGGCUGCGUAUCAUCACCACCCGCAACUCCUUCAGCAGCAAUCGCAGCCCCAUCAGGUGACAGUCGCUGCUGUCAAAACCGCCAGCCAGACUGUCCCUCACCCACCUGCUGCCCAAAGAAGUGUCAUCCUGUAUGGCGCCAGCAGUGCCUCCUAUCCUGUUGAUGUCGUCACCAGGCCCCAGGAUGUAGAUCUGCAGGGAGCCUUAAAGCACAGCAGUAGUCAACUGCAGCAGCCCGUCACAGAGACCUCCAUUGAGACUCUGGCUGAGGUAACAAAGCAGYUGGAGAGAAAGACAUUGGACUCUCCUCAGUAUGAGCUGUCAGACAGCUUUAAUGAGGCUAAAGAGAGAGAGGUGUACAGAGUCUGUCAACCUACUCAACAGCAGGAGGGUGGAUCACCCAGAGAGCUCCUCAGUGAACAGGUGGAAGGGGUUAGGCACACCCAGUUGUACCACCAUCUUCGACAACCACACCGUUCCUACCUCAGUGCACAAGAUGAGGAGCCACCAGUGCUUAGCUAUGAGGGUGGACCCAGAGCCAAUGGUUACCUUCAAAGCCAAUCAACGUCAUUAAGUGACGGCGAUCCUUCUGACAAAGAGGAGUCAACAGACGAUGAAGAAUCCAUGUCUUUGUCCUGUUCGGACAUGAGCAGCAUCCACAACCCACAUCUUUCCGGGAUCCUCCAAUCCAGUUCGCCUCUUCCCCAGUACCCAGGCUACUCCCAGAUGCAGGGAUGGGAUCCCCAAGGAGAGGUUCGGGGAACGGCGCUCCCCCACAAACUCAGACUCAAACACCGGGCCAUGAGCACCGGAAGCAGCGGCGGCAACUGCUCCGGACAGGAGUCCCCAACCACUCCUCUCUCUGCUACCCCACCUCCCCUCCCUCAGCAYCCCUAUCUUUCCCUCUCGCCAUUGCAGAACAUUAAGCGAGAGAGCGAGAGUGGAGCUUGCAAACUGGUGGCGUCAGGUGCAAAGAAGGAGAGUGACAAAAAGGAAAGCGGAGGGCGACGGAACAAGAGGCGAGAUUAGGCGGCGUCACUUUACAACUUGAAGAUUUAAAGUUCUCCCCUAAGACUACUCUGCCAUCAUGCCUUUGCCCUACUAUGAAAUGCCCUUCUGAAUCUCUGAGGACAUGAUUCUGGGCAGUACUACCCACCAACUCCCAGAUUCAAGAAAAGAACGGACAUAUUGUGGGCUGUGUAUCAUAUUUGUAUAUGUUGUACAGAUUUGUCAUUUCUUACAUCCUCUCCAUACUUACUGAAGCAUGUUUGUUUAUGGGGUGAGGAGAAAUGGAACUCCCUGUUUUUUUUCUACUCUUCUCAUUCAACAGUAUCCAGUAGAAUACACCGGCAAAAGCACACUUUUGAUAUUAUACAAAAAAGGAAUGUAAACGAAAAAAAAAAAAAUCAAUUUCCAACGAAUUUGAUACAUAUCCAGCUGUAGAUAAACAUACAAAUGUAUGGGUCUCUGCCUUAACUAUAAUCAGAUGCAAAUGUAUACCUGGGAUAUUCCCUCGACCAAAGAAGCACCAACACUACAACUACUAGUUUUCAUGUCUCACUAACUCAGCCCUCACUCUUUCCCUUUCCCUAUAAACCAUAUGCAUUAUUUCAGAAGAGAUCAUGUCACAAUUAUUUUUAAAGCACUUCUUUUGUACAUAAAUGUGAUAUAAAUGAAUAUAUGUAUCUAUUUUAAGCAUCUAUUUUAGGAAGAAAGAAAAAAAGAAUACACAUCUAAUAAAAAUGCAACAAGAGGGAUAGAUCUAAAAAUGGCCGUCCUCUGACAAAUCACAACUAUCGCACAGUAGGGGUGUAAUGAAAACUUGUAGCAAAGWUAUUGCAGUGAUUAACCAUUUGCUGACAUCAUUUGACUGCGUCUAGUGAAGUUUGUAAUCUAUUAGUAUGAGCCCUGAUAUGAAGAUUUGUGCUUUCAGUUUGAGAGCUUCUAUGUUUGAGACUCUUAUUUUGAAGUAUGAAAGGAAGUCGUUCCAGAUUAGCCUUUUGUAUUGACAGAAUCUGUUAAUAAAGAAUUAUUUCAGGCUCCUUAUCAAGUUUUAAGUUUAAAUAAAAGACUCUACAACUUUUAAAUCAUUGGUCUGAUAGCAUUUUGGUUACAGUUACAGUGACAUUCAAGAUAGAAAUGAUUCAGUAGCGACGCAAGAAUACGGCGACUAGCUAACUGCUAACAACGCUAAAGCUGGUACCUGCUUAUGCUAAUAUCUGUCCACUGUUACCAAAAAAAAUCUGUUUUUGAGGGUUAUUAAAAAUAAGUUUGGGCUCCCCUUGACCAUCUGAAGUUCAAAAUCUAAAAAUCUUGCAUCUCUUCAGUCACUUUAUAAACACGACAGACCCGUCUAAUAGACACGACGCCAACAAAGCUAGUUAGCAUCUGCUUUCAUGCCUCCUAUCUGGGCCAUGAAAAUUAGUUAGACUGAUCAAAUUUAAGCUGUAUAAUUCUACAUUGACUAGCAAGUUUCUAAAAAACAAAUUUUAAGAUUUCUUAAAUAUUUAUUUUAUCUUAAAACCCUAAGAGGAAGCAUUUCAAUGACCUCAGAAUGAAACAAGUAUGAAACCGAAUGUGUGGACAAGUCAAACCUGGACUGCAUUAUUCUAUACUGAAUAUAGACUCGUACGUUUAUGUGAAAUUUUCUCAUAACAGGAGGCAGCUUGUCUUAUUGUGCGUCAUCUGUGUUGUUACACCCCUACUGUACAGCCAUGUUGGUUUUAGUUGCAGCAGGAUGCAUUUAGAUUGAACCUUUCUCUUCUGAUUGUGGAGCUUUGGCAUUAAUCAUUGGUAAAUGUCGUGUUUACACAGAAAUGGCCAUCCGUUGCGGAGAGCCAGCAGCACUGAAAGGAGAAUUUGUUUCUCCCCGAGGCGAAGGCCUCAUUAAAAUGUUUGGAUUAAUGAACCUUUAAACCAGCCUUUAAAUAUUUGGUGGAAAUCACCGGCUGCAGGCUGUAAGCCUUUUUAGUUUCUUUGAGCUUUAUCAACCAUAUCUUSUUGUUACUAUUCACUGGCCCGAUGUAUUUAUUUCCCUUGCCCCUCAACAUGCCAUUCACUGUACAAACAAAAGAAAAGCACAGGAACGUAGACGGAGAAUGUGUACAGAACCCCUUCAGAUACAUAUCAUAGCUUAAAAGUAGAACGUUACAUUCUGGCAAAGGAGACAAAAGCAAGAGGAGUUUAGACAGAUUCAUGUAAAAACACUGCAGUGCACUGAGACUUGACGUAAACCCUGAAUACCUACUGUUUACUUYUUAUGUCAUGGACUAUGGAUCUGUAAUGUGACCAAAUAUGACUAUCAAGGCCCAUGACACACAUUGAAAUGUAUUUCUUAAAGGGGCAAGUAUUAUGUUAAACUGACUUUUUWWAAAUKUUGCAUCAUGUUGAAUUACUCCCUCGCCAAAAUCAUACCUGGAGCGUUGCCUUGACUUGAGAAAUCCUUUAAUCUCCCGUGGCAACCAUUCAACCUGUGCAAAAAAUGCCUGCCUUCGAGGCACAGCUACUACUUGAAGGYGGAGCUUCAGAAAGAGCAUGGGUUUUUAAAGGGCCAGAGGCCCAAUUUCAAGGCGUUAAGUUGCAAAGUUAAAUUUCUUUUAAGUCACAUUUGAUGUAUAUAAAGCAUGUUUUUUAACAACUGCAGGUAACAAAGUUACUUGUGUAUGCUAUAAAAUGAUACUAUGUGCCUGGAAAACACAUAAUUCUGCCCCUUUUAAAAUGAGGCUAAAUAACUUAAUCCCAAAGGCAAAUUCAAUUUACGAUUAAACUGGACUAAAUUUCUUAUCUUGAGCUUUAACUAAAAAGAGGGCUCCCUCCUCAUUUCCUGUCUCUAUUAUGCAUUUCAAGGGGUUGUAAAUCCCCCAACCUUCAUGGUAGUUCUGCAACUGGAUUGUGACAAUAUGCCUUCACUGGAUUCUAGUUUAAUGUCUAUGUACCAUGUUUGGCUUCUCUUUUUUUUCCCUAUUUUUGUUAUAUUUUUUUUGGUGCUUGUGUAUAAAUGUAAAGCUUUCACAAACACUGUAACGUUUGUUUCAUUGGGUUUUGUAUCCUGUUUUCUAGUCCAGGUGACGUUCCGUUAUCCUCUAUGCCGUGUCUUUGCUCCUACUGACUGUGAUGACAUGUGUUUGCCUCAUUCCUCUUCGUCCCCCUCACUUUUAAAGUGUGUAUUAAAACGGUAAUGUUUGUGGUUUUUUGCUGAUGGUUUUUAUGAAAAAAAAAAAGGAAAAAAAAAAAAAAACACGGCUACUUUGGUGUGGUGUUUAGAGACGGGUGGUGGUUGGUCUGGCUGGUCAUUACCAUGUAAAGACACUAAUGUUCAUUGUUGAAAGAUGGGAGCGUUUCAAGAAAAAUAAAAGCGAUGUUGCCCUGUCGACAUAUCAAUGAA